AUGGUUGGAAAAGAAUAUAGUGCGGCUAAAGACGAGGUACAAGGAGUGCAAAGAUUGAAAGAAGUUUUAUCAGUUGCUUCAGAAUAUGGACUAGAGAUAAAUUGGAAGAAGGCAAACUUGAUAUGCAGUGAAAUUGAAUAUCUGGGUCAUCGCAUACAAAAUGGUGAAAUUAGCCCGAGUUUGGAAAAGACAGAUGCUGUGAUGAGAUACCCGGAACCAAGAACAACUAAGCAGAAGAAGAUCAACGUAAUGCUUUUAACAUUUUGA